AUGGCUACCACGUCGACGAUGAUACUAUCUGCCACCUCUCCCUUACUCGGUCGAGCAUUCCCACCGCCUACGAACGUUGCGUCCGAUGCUAAGUUCCGGGUCGCAAUCAAAUCUUUUGAUGCUCUUCUAAGUACACAUCUCUCUGAUUCAGGUGCGAAUCAGAACACAAGCUUCUCGGUCUCAGUAUUCUCGGCUUCAGACCCCGCUCUGCUCUACGAGCGUCAUCACACAUCUGAGACUGUGGCAAAAGCUUCGUUCGGCAUCAAUGAGAUCAACGGCGAUUCCAUAUAUAGAAUUGGCAGCAUUUCCAAGCUGUUGACUGUAUACACAUUCCUUAUACAAGCCGGUGAUCGUCACCUAAACGAGCCUAUCACGGACUACGUUCCCGAGUUACUUGAAAUGGGAGGGCAUGUUCACCUGGGUCCUAAUUGGGAAGAGAUAACUUUGGGAGAGUUGGCAAGCCAUCUUUCUGGGAUAUCUAGGGACUAUGGACUGAAUGAUUUCAGCGUGCAUGACUAUGAAAUGGUAGCAGGAUACCCACGAUUACAACCACCACUUUUGCCGCCCUUGAUCCCUUCUGACAAGCCUAUUUGUGGGUAUCUAGACAGUAGCGGGCAUAUGCAACCUGUGAUCAAACUGAUCUUAUAUGGGGGGGUGGCAAACGCACCGGCCGCUUUUCCUCCUAGUUAUACGCCUGCUUACUGCAAUAACGGAUUCGUGCUUUUUGCAUUGGCGCUUGAACGAAUGAAGCAAGAACCAUUCGAGAGACUCUUCAACAGAAGUAUUCUCGAACCUUUGGCUCUUCACAGAAGUAGCUAUAGUGUUCCUUCUGCAACCCAGUGGUUAUACGGCGUGGUACCGGGAGACCCAUCACAGUGCGGAUGGUCUAAUGAAUUUGGUGCUUUCUCCCCGUGGGUUGCAAGUGCAUGUUAG